UCUAUUUAACUUCCUUCAACUCUCUUCAAAGCAACCCGUCACAACAGCCAGUGGCUUUCAUGGCAGCUUGAAAUCCAAUCUUUAAAACCAGACAGCUAACACCAAACUCUCUUAAUCUCCCUCUCUGUCGCUAACUUUCUUAUUUUCAAACAUGGCUAGCCUGGGGGCCGACACUACUGUUAGUACUACUCAUGCUGACCAACCUCCCAAAACCCUUGCAGAUUUCGAUCCUCCCCAGAAACCCAAACGCAACAAGUUUGCUUUCGCUUGCGCCAUUCUAGCUUCCAUGACUUCCAUCUUGCUCGGCUAUGAUACUGGAGUAAUGAGUGGGGCGGCAAUCUACAUACAAAAGGACCUCAAAAUUAGCGAUGUCCAAGUGGAGGUUAUAGUGGGGAUCAUCAACAUUUACUCACUGUUGGGUUCGGCCGCGGCCGGUCGAACUUCCGACUGGAUCGGGCGACGCUACACCAUCGUAGUAGCAGGAGCCAUAUUCCUUGUGGGAGCUCUGCUGAUGGGUUUCGCUACCAACUAUGCGUUUCUAAUGGUGGGCCGUUUUGUUGCUGGUAUUGGCGUCGGUUAUGCUCUCAUGAUCGCUCCUGUUUACACUGCCGAAGUCUCCCCUGCUUCUUCUCGUGGCUUCCUCACUUCUUUCCCGGAGGUCUUCAUUAAUGGAGGGGUAUUACUGGGAUACGUUUCAAACUACGCGUUCUCGAAGUUCCCACUUCAGUUGGGAUGGCGACUGAUGCUUGGCAUCAGCGCCGUCCCCUCCGUGAUGCUGGGAGUCGGUGUUUUGGCCAUGCCUGAGUCACCUCGUUGGCUAGUCCUACAAGGUCGACUCGGAGACGCACGGAAAGUCCUCGACAAAAUCUCCGACUCCAAAGAGGAAGCCGCCAUAAGACUUGCCGAUAUUAAAGAAGCUGCUGGCAUCCCCCAAGAAUGCAACGACGACAUCUUUCAGGUUCAAAAACGUAGCCACGGCGAGGGUGUAUGGAAAGAACUACUCCUUCAUCCUACACCAGCGGUUCGUCACAUUUUAAUCUGUGCCCUUGGUAUUCAUUUCUUCCAGCAGGCGUCGGGUAUAGACUCCGUCGUUUUGUACAGUCCCAGGAUCUUUGAAAAGGCCGGGAUUACAUCUGAUAACGACAAGUUACUCGCAACUGUAGCCGUCGGGUUUGCGAAGACAAUUUUCAUCUUGGUGGCUACUUUUUUGCUUGAUAGGAUCGGACGGCGACCGUUGAUUUUGAGUAGUGUUGGGGGUAUGAUUCUGUCUCUUGCCACCCUCGGAAUCUGUUUAACGGUAAUUGAUCACUCUCACACGAAGAUACCAUGGGCCAUUGGAUUAGCCAUUACCACGGUGUUGUCAUUCGUCGCGUUCUUCUCGAUCGGAAUGGGGCCCAUCCCGUGGGUCUACAGCUCUGAGAUUUUCCCAUUGAGGCUACGCGCUCAGGGAGCCAGCAUGGGCGUUGCUAUGAAUAGAGUUAUAAGUGGGACCCUAGGAAUGACUUUCAUCUCACUUUACAAGGCUAUGACAAUCGGCGGAGUCUUCUUCCUUUACACGGGAAUCACAACGGUGGCCUGGCUGUUCUUUUAUACGGUGUAUCCGGAAACACAGGGUAAAACCCUUGAAGAGAUUCAGGGCCUUUUCGGUAACUUAAAUUGGUUGAGGGAUUCCCAGCGGAAGAAGAGAGACACUCAACUUAACGACAUCAGUAACGGGAACACUGACGAUUCUAGUAGCGUUCAGUUAGGAGGUGUGUCAAACACCAAAACUAAGUAGAGGGUAGUUUGGUAAAUAUAGUGGUUUUUAAAUAUUUUAGUGUAGCCUUGUAAAAGGACAGAAAUGUUUAAGCGAGAGGGUGAAGGAAGAGAAGAAAAAAAUGACAACCCCUUUUGUAUCGAAAAUCCUUAAAAUUAUGAAUAGAACACAUAAUAUUCUACCUA